AGUUGCUUUGCGGCCGCUCCUGUCCCGUUCCGCCUCGCCAUGGCCGGCGAGCGCUCCCUGCUGCCUCGCGUCCUCGCCGCUCUGGCCGACCCGCGGCCGCCUGGCUCCGAUGACACCUGCCUGGAGAAGCUGCUGGAUUGGUUCCGCGACUUGACGGGACAGGCUGAGAGCGAGGAAACCGAUCCUACCCUGAAGCUGGUGCAGGACAACCCCUGCCUGACGGAAUUCUUCACCUCUGUGCUGGCACUGCAAGAGCCCAGUCCAUGCAUCCUCUCCUUUACUCUGCGAUUAGCUGGAAUACUUGCUGCUUCCAAAAACUGCUUCCAACACUUGCAGCAGGAGAAGCUGCUGGUCAAGCUCUUUGGCGAGGAUGGACCCUUGAACAGUGCAGAGUGGGAGGAUGCGUCUGUGCGAAGUGGCUGGCUGGAGGGUGUGUGCAGCAUGAUGUGUCACCAGCCUGCCCUCCACUUCAUCUGCAGUGGUGGAGGCAUAGAUGUGAUCUUCACUCUGCAAGGGGAUCCCAGCCUGUUUGUGGCUUCAGUUGCCAGUUCUCUCCUGGUACAGAUGCUCAUCCUCUCUAUAACAUCUGAAACGACUGAACCUCUCAGUUCGAAGGACUGUGACUGGCCAGCAUGUGCCCAAAUCAUUAUAAAGCACAUAGAAGAUUCUCUUCAGUCCAGCUCUGCCUCUCGCAUCGAGCAGUCAUUAAAACUGUUAACUAUUUUAUUUCGCAACUGUCAUGCUGCAUGGACUGAAGCAAUUUGGUUGGGCAUAGCAAAGCAGAUAGAAUCUUUUGUGACGGAAAGGACUGUUCAAGCACAGCACAUGCUGGCAAAUCUUUUGCUUAACGUGGCACGGUCCCCUGUGUUUUGUGAUACUGGCAGUUUUUGGGCGUUAGUGACUUCUGCUCUGGAACACUUAAACCCAGUACAUGCAGGUCCUUUGGCAGUGGGAAUUCUGAAACUCUACCAAUGCCCACAAGAUGUGAAUAUGAAGGCACUGACUGUUCUACUUCAGCCAAUGGACUGUAUUUUGAGAGCAGCCUCUCAGCCUCUGGAAUAUGCAGGUUCGCUGGAUGAGUCUGCUAGUGAUCCCACAACUGUUGAAAGUCUUCUGUCCUCCAAGUCAUCUUGUGUUACUCUUCUGUGUCAGACCCUUGCUCAUCUGAAAGAGCUGCUGUCCCUGGUUUCUUUGCCAGUGGAUUUGCCCUAUACAUCUUUGCUACGCUCUGUCAUGACAAUAUUACAGUUCUGUAAUGGCUUCCUGAGUCCAGCUUCUCCUCUGGGAAACACUAUAAGCAGAAUCUUGGUCAAUUGCUUCAGAGUACAAAGGUCAGCUCUUGAUGUCUUAGCAGCACUUGCGGAACAAAGAGGCUGUGACUCACUCAUAGUAAGUCUAUUUGAUGUCCUUCUGGCAUACCUGGAGAGUCCAAACACCAACCCUACUGUUCUAAAGAAAACGCUUAAAGCUACCUCCGAAUGGUUGCUCUACUUGCGGUACUGGUCCUGCUCCAACAAUCAGUGGCAAGAUGCUGAGAAGAUAUUUGAAGCUGUGUUUCUGGCACUGCAGAAGCGUUUGUGCAGUCCUUGCUGGGAAGUAAGAGAUUCUUCUCUGGAGUUCAUCACUGGCCUGAUUGAACGCUUGAAGGGCUGUGAUGUGUUCAGGAAGCUUCUCCUGUCUUUGAAAGUGCCAAGGCUUAUAGAAAAUCUUCUUGAGGAUCCAGAAAGCUACGUGCGAGCAAGCGCUGUGACUGCUUUCGGAAGCUUGGCCUUCAUUAAUGUCUCUGCUCCACAGUCGCCUGUUGGAGAGAAUAAGUAUAGUAAUGAGAACAUUGUAACAAAGCUUCAGGAAAUCUUGUCCAGUGAUCCAGAGGUCUUUCCAAGAAGGGCUGUGAUCAGCUUCUUCUAUGAGUGGGUCCACACAGGUGAACUGGAAGAUACAGAGCAGUUUGUCUCUAGAGUGAUCCAAACUGUGGAGAAUGACUUAGACUGGGAAGUCAGACUUCGUGGUUUGGAACUGGUUGAAGUUUUCUGUGGAUACACAAUUUGCCAACUUGGCCCUCCUCGUUGGCCGUAUGCUCCCGUCUCAUCUGCAGUCACUAGUUCCGCUCAUCGGGAUGAGCCACUGCAGGUAUUUUGUCGAGCAAAACUGUUCAGCUUUUUGUUUCGAUCUUUGUGUGACUGUGACAAACCAGUAGCUGAGAAAGCCUGUUCUGUACUGCUGGGUUUAAGCACUUCUUUCUAUCCAGUUGAUACCCUGAAACAUUCACAGGAGACAGGAAAUGCACCUGCAGAACGCGGCAUUGCCUGGUUACAAAGGACACUAAGGCAGGGUUCUCUGGCCCAGAACUUCCCCAUAGAUGGUGAUAAUGGGGUGGAUUUUCAAGAUCCAGAGAGCAUGACGCUAGCUUUGAGAACAAUAGACUUAAAAGAGCUACACAACGAGCUAAAUAAAAGUAGCGACCAUGUGGAGAAAAGCCCUCAGUCCCUCUUACAGGACAUCCUUGCUACUGUGGGGACCACAGAGGAGAAUGAUGCUGACUGUUACUGAAGAUGCCUUUUGCUCUGAGGGAGCAGUGCUUGAGCAGUUUUCUUCUGGAAAAUUUUGCUACCAGUCAUGAAUUCUUUCUUGAGGAAGGAUACAAAGGAGUGGUGACACUGAACAGAGACCAGGAUGGUUUUGUUAGCUGUUAAAUGGAUUAGAAAAUGUUUGCGUUAAUACUGACAAUUUUUUUGUUAAGAAAGCAGUCUCCAAUAAACUCUGAUUUGUUUCUCAAA